GCAGUACAUUUCUCUGAAUAUCCCCCCAUCCAUCCUCACAGGGCCAUGAAUAAAAAUCCAUUCUUUAUCUUUAAAACUCAGUCAAAGCUUAGCUUCCUCUGCAAAUUAAACUCUACCCUCUCUCUCUCUCUAGACUUGGGCGCAAUCUUUUUUAGGGUUUCUUGCUAUUCUCUCUGUCCGUGGAAUGUGUGACCAAUUUCCAAUUGAAGGGUUGAAGAUGAAGAUGAUGUUCUGAACUUGGUUGGGUUGAUUUGUAUGGCUUCUUCUGGUGGUAAGAUGAGUUCUGUUGCUGGAAAACCGAAGUAUGAUGCAAUGCUUGUUGAUAAGCUGCCCGGGGAAAUCAAUGAGAUGAAGAUCAGAGAUGAUAAGCAGGAAAAGGAAAUGGAGGCCACUAUAGUGGAUGGAAAUGGAACUGAAUCAGGACACAUAAUUGUGACCACUAUUGGGGGUAAAAAUGGCCAACCAAAGCAGACCAUCAGCUACAUGGCAGAGCAAGUUGUUGGACAGGGUUCUUUUGGGAUUGUCUUCCAGGCUAAGUGCCUUGAAACUGGAGAAACAGUUGCGAUUAAAAAGGUGUUGCAGGAUAAGAGAUAUAAGAACAGGGAACUUCAGACAAUGCGCCUUCUUGAUCAUCCUAAUGUCAUAUCACUCAAGCACUGCUUCUUUUCAACCACGGAGAAAGAUGAGCUUUACCUCAAUUUAGUACUUGAGUAUGUACCCGAGACAUUGUACCGUGUUUCAAGACACUACAGCAAAGCAAACCAGAGGAUGCCUAUGAUUUAUGUCAAGCUCUAUACAUAUCAGAUCUUUAGAUCUUUGGCUUACAUCCACGGGAUUGGAGUUUGUCACAGGGAUAUAAAACCACAAAAUCUACUGGUCAAUCCUCACACCCAUCAACUAAAGCUCUGUGAUUUUGGAAGUGCCAAAGUUCUGGUGAAAGGUGAGCCAAAUAUUUCCUACAUUUGUUCGCGCUACUAUCGUGCGCCUGAGCUGAUAUUUGGAGCUACUGAAUACACUUCUGCCAUUGACAUUUGGUCUGUGGGCUGUGUUCUCGCUGAACUACUUCUGGGGCAGCCUCUCUUUCCUGGUGAUAGUGGCGUCGAUCAACUUGUUGAAAUAAUCAAGGUUCUUGGGACCCCAACGCGUGAAGAAAUCAAAUGCAUGAACCCAAAUUACACAGAGUUCAAGUUCCCACAGAUCAAGGCUCACCCAUGGCACAAAAUCUUUCAUAAGCGCAUGCCGCCUGAGGCUGUAGAUCUUGUUUCAAGGCUUCUCCAGUACUCUCCCUAUCUGAGGUGCAAUGCGUUGGAGGCUUGUAUCCAUCCGUUCUUCAAUGAGCUUCGUGAUCCGAACACCCGUCUUCCUAACGGUCGUCCAUUGCCACCCCUGUUUAAUUUCAGGCCUCAAGAGCUGAAAGGAGCAACUCCUGAGCUCCUAACGAAGUUGAUACCCGAACACGCGAAGAAGCAGUGUGCUUGCCUUGAGUAGCCCUGGUAUUUAUGUGUAUACAUGUAAUGAUGAAUGAUUUGCAAACUACCCAAAAAAAAAAGAAGAAAAAAGAACUAUGUUAUCUGAGGCUGGCUGAAGAUAAAAGAUUAUUAUUCAUUUUAGGAUGCUCUAUAAGUACCCUUAUUUAUUAAUGCUCAACUGAGAAGUGAGUUAUGGAAACUGUUGCCUCAUGUUCUUGUUGUUGUAACCUUUGCUCUUUCAUUUUGCUUUAGACUUGCCCCCACCCUUUGUUGUGUAUUAUUUACUCACUAACAAAACUAUUUGUAUUGCAUAUGCUAUUUAAUAAUCUUAUUAGUUUUUU